UGGCCCUGGGUGGGGGUUGGGGACAGUGGGGCAACUGGCACCUCACGUCCCAUACCGGAUCUACUAGACUCCACCUGUCAGGAUGACUGCUUCUCUUUCUUUUUUGCAUGCGCGUGCAUGUGCACGUGCGCACGAGCGAGUGUGUGAGUGUUGUGGGGGAAUAACACUGGCGCGUGCUGACUCAGGACGAAAUGCGACGCAGCAGCUAAUCGCGGCUGAUUUCUGCUUCUGAUUUUAACCCAGACUAACAGGAACACGGAACACUACCUCAGGUGAAGGGACUGCUCUUUUCACGGAGUCAACUCUGCUUAGCAUUCCGUUUUCUUCUAUUCGCAGUCACACAGGAGGAAGCGCAUAUCCCAGCUCUAGUGGAUGUUUUUUAUCUGCAGUGCCUCAGCCGAGCGGAGAACCGAGGAGCAGAAUGUCAAGACUGUCACAGCAGCAGCACCGGACGCCCAUAAGACAUAUUGAUAACACGGUGGAGGUCAAGAGCAAAUUUGAGGCAGAGUACCGUCGCUUUGGUCUGAAGAGGAAUGGAUUUGGUGGCUUCCAAGAGUUCUACCACCUCCUCCAAAACAUCCAUCACAUCCACGGUGUGGAGGUGCUGCUGGAAUACGCUGACAUCCAUGGAGAUCUCCUCCCAAUCAACAAUGAUGAAAACUUCCACAAAGCUGUUUCUUCAGCCAAUCCCGUACUGCGGAUUAUUAUAACAAAGAAAGAGGGCGACUCCAUUGUUUACACCACCAACUCUCUCCAGAGACGCAGGAAAGGACUGGGCUUAACAGGCCUGCGCCCAGCUGGCUCAGGAUCCAUCCACUCAAAGAACAAAUCGGGCCUCAUGAUUGGCCCUCCACAGGACUUCAGACAGAUCUCAUCCAUUAUUGACGUGGACAUUUUACCUGAGUCAUAUAGGCGAGUUCGACUGCACAAGUAUGGCUCCAAAAAGCCUUUGGGAUUCUACAUCCGGGACGGGGUGAGCGUGCGGGUGACACCGCAGGGUGUAGAGAAGGUUCCAGGGGUCUUCAUAUCUCGCUUGGUGCGGGGUGGGCUCGCAGAGAGCACAGGAUUACUGGCUGUUAAUGAUGAAAUCCUCGAAGUCAACGGCAUCGAUUUAACAGGAAAAUCUUUAGAUCAGGUCACAGACAUGAUGGUGGCUAACAGUCACAACUUGAUAGUGACUGUGAAACCAGCUAACCAGAGGAACAAUGUUGCACCUCGUGGGAGUAAAAACUCCAUGGGUCACUCUGGUUCUGUGGGCUCGGGUGGCUCCAUAGGCUCUGCACUGUCACAUGACUCCCCAAGUCCUGCCUCUCAGAGCAACCCUAUCACUGCAAGCAGCACCGCUGAGGGAGACAGUUACGAGGAAGAUGACGAUGGUGAUGUCAUUCUGGAGAAUGACUGCCUGUCGCCCAAUAAAUACUAUCCAGUCACCAACAGCAACAGCAGCACUCUGAACAGGGACUCUCCUCAUAAAGGGCAACACAGCGCGAUCCCACAGAGCGUGUCCAUGCCAAACAGCCUCGGCACCUUGCUGAGCCACAGCUCCACCAUGAUGUCCCAUCACAACGGCGGCUCCGCACACUCAGUCAGCAGCAGCCAGGAGAGCAUGAAAGAAGAUGGCAACGUAAUAACACUGUGACACAUGUAACCACGGCAACAACUUCUGACAAUGGAACAAUUAAGACAUGAUGUUUUAAACUUGAGAUCUGAUAAGAAGACCAGUUGCACCGUUACUUUUAAAGGUUCCCCCUUUUAGACCAGAGACAUUGUUGAGAACAGCGCCGGCGUUCUGGACUCGCCGUCGCUUUCCAGAGAACAGAACCAGAAUGACGGGUUACACGGAGCUGGGCUUCUCUAGGAAGCGUCAUUAUCAGCUUCUGUAAGCAAAGAGUAAUUAUGUAUUCUUUUAUUAUAGUGAAGUAAUUAUGGAAAUUAUUUUAAUGAUAUUUUGAACUGCUGUCUGUGAAAGAGAACAGAAGAACUGCAAACAAUAAACCAGUUUUAGCACCUAC